AAUGGUGGGAGGUUUACAUCUCAAGGUCGUCUGACAGACUUUAUACAUGUAAAUAGUCCGUCCAAUUUUGCUUCUUACUAUAAUUUGAUCGGUUUGUUCCCAGCAACUAGUUGGCUGUUGUACUCCUUACCAUCUUCUUUAAUUCAAUACCUUUUCCUGUGUCAUCAAUUUUAGAAUAACGUGAAAUUUCAAACUUUUACCCAAGGAACCGAAGGAGCAGAAAUAAAAACGAACAAGGGAUAAUUAAAGGGAACAUUCCGUCAUAAAAUUAAGCAGAAAUUAAGAGGGAUUUCUACGUUUUUGACUCAGCUGACUACAGCCUCAUUUCUUUGAAGUCAUCAGUCUCCAUAUAUCAGCGUACAGAAAUAUAGAUGCAUAUCUAAUGUCUUCAGUCAGGGAGUUAAAAGAAUCACCAGUGGCCUCAGCUCAAGCGUAUGUUUUACAGUUUAACACUGAAGACCGAAUAUGGCUACCAAGUGGUGGGACACGCUCACUUUCAUGGGUUCAAAUUUUACAACAAAAAGGUUUAGAUGCUUAUCGUAUCGUAGGUUGGCGUCAGCCAGAUAAUCAGGUUGUUGUUAAUUCAGUGUUAAAAGCUGGACUCGAGUAUCAAAUACAUGGUCAAUUUCAUGAAUGGCGUGAUCCAAUCACUUCUAGAGUAUAUGGUUUACAUUUUCCGGAACAAGAAGAUGCUGCAAUGUUUUUGAAAACAAUCAAUUUUAUUUUGAAUAGACUGACAAAUCCUGAUUGCAAAAAUGCAUUUGAUGGUGGAAACAUAAAUAUCAAUUCACAGUCACGUGAAUAUGCACAACCGUUUAUUUCAAAUACAUUAGAUUCGUCAAAUAAUCAUACUACCACACCAAAAGGUUGUACCAUAGUUAUUAAUCCAGCAAAUGUUGGCACCGAUGGAAUUGAUGCAAUAGAAAAUAAAACUACUCUACCAAAACAACCGGAACCCAAUGAAUUGGCAAAUUAUGAAUAUCAAGAUCAUGUUAAUCAAUCUAAUCAAAUAAAUAAAUUGAUAACUGCUACUACUCUGACUAAUAAUAAUAAUAGUAGUGGUAGUAAAGAUCCUGGUGCAUUUGAAACACAUCGUCGUCAACUAUCUUCUACAUCAUCAAUCAGUUUAGGUUAUGCUACAGGUCCUGGAACAAUUGCAACUCCUUCAUCUGCCUCUUCAUCAUCUACUAGCUACGGUUAUGGUUAUGGAUAUGUAGGUUCAGGAAGUUUAGCGAGUUAUGCAAGUACUAGUAGCAGUGGAAGUAGUGUUGGUAAUGGUCCAAUUAAUGGUAAUUAUUUGAGCACAAUGCAUCGUCUUAGUAAUCAAAAUUUGAGGAAUCCAUCUUUAACUGGAGAGUCUAUCAGUAGUAACUGGUCAGGUUUGAAUUCUCAAGUUUCUCGUGAAAUUGUUAAUCAUUCAAGUGUUGCUGUUAACACAAACAGUUCAAAUUCAUCGUCAGUGUUAACAACAUCAGUACCGGGUAGUAAUAAUAAUAAUGAUCAGAAUAAUGACGAAGAGUUAGCUAAACAGUCAGAAUCAUCUGGAUUAGCUGCUAUGCUACAAGAAGCUAUUGCUGCACGUAAACGUAAUAAAGAAAAUCGAUGUAAUGCUUCAAUAAGACCAAGUAUUAAUUCAACUUCUUGCAAUAAUCCGAUAAUUUCAACUACAAAAUCCCCGCCUCCACCACCACCUCCAGCGCCACCGACAGUAUCUUCAAUUACUCAACCGAAAAAUGACAAAACCAACCCAAUAAAACGUACAGAUUCUGCACAGCAAUUAAGAAAAGAUUCCAUUGAUCAAAAAUCUUCUAUGCUAGCUGAAAUUCAACGUCGUAUACAAGCUAGACGACAAUUAAUCGAUGCUGCUGAAGAAGAAUGUGGUUUGCUUAAAAAAGACCAUCAUUUGGAAUCAUCAAAAUCUAUCUCCAUACCUUCUGAAAAUACCGGUGUUAUAUCGACUAAUUCGAUCGAUUCAUCAUUGAAUAGGUCCUUAAAGAAGAAAUAUCCUUCUACGAUGUGGGUAACCAAUAAGUGACGAGCGUCCCCCUUACCUCUAACAGCAUUUGAGAUCAUCUUGUUCACGACGAAGUCCCUCCAUCACUUCUUAAUAUUUCUAUUCUUACUAUCAAUUUUCCUCGUAUGUUAUCAUGUUGUCACCAGCUGGGCUGGAAUAAAUAUGACAAUAUCUGUUUAAGCAUAUUUUUGUUUGGAGACUACAUAAUCCUUACCCAUGAAUAGUUUUUAUAAACAACAGUUCGGAUUACUUUCAAUGUCUUAACCUGUAUUGAAAUCAAGAAUUAGUCCAUUGUACUGUUGACAGUUGUAUACUGGUGAUCGAAAAGUAGAACAACUAAAACUGGAUAAAAUCUACUGACUUUUUUCAGCGAUUUUCUUCACACUAAUAUCUAUUGCAUUGUGUACUAAAUUUUGAUGACAAAAUCUCCCGACUCGACCAAUUUGAAUACUAAGUAUGUCUCAUUUAAACAACUGUGAUCAUAAAUGGAAAUCAAGCUUAAUUGUGCUAAAGUGCAUUGAUACUGUGGGAUAUGUCUGUAUAAAUAAUAAUUUAAAGCAUAAUGGUUUUGUACAACUAUUCACUGUAGAUUUACGGAAGUUAAGUUAUUGAACCGAAAUGUUAAUACAUCUAAUUGUUCCACAAUAUCAAAUAUUAUAAAUUCUGAUUUAUCACUUACUCGUUCAGAAUUGGAUAAUUUACGUCGUGAAAUUAUUAUUGAACUACGUAAAGAAGUUCAAUUGGCAAAAAAUGAAAUUAUGGAUUGUAUCAAAUUGUAUAAAGCUGUUUAACUGUUGGGACUAUGCACUCGUUUGAUCUUUGUGUACACGUUAUUUGGAUAAACACAGCUGUCCUAAAAAUAUUGAACAUUUGAUCAACUUAUACUAUUUCACAUUAUAAUACAAUUUUAUCACCAAAUUGAAAUUUGUAAUUAUCUAUUUGUUUGUUUGUUUUUUCUUCUCUAUUUUGUUUGGAUUGGCUUCUAAUACUUUUGAAAUCUUUAAAACGAAUGAAUUAAUUACACAUCUCAUUUUUUCACAUUCAGUGAAUGUGUCUAAUUCUUGGAAUGUCACUUCUUUUAUGUUUUACAUCUGUUAAAACGUAUUAUUACAUUCCAUUUAUUUAUUAGUUUUCUUUGUUUUUGUUUUUUUUGCUUGUUUAUUUAUCUAUUUAUAUAAAUAUGGAACAUAAUAACACAUUGUUCAGUAGGAUAAAUGAAUGAUGAUGGGCUUAGUACCUUCUGUCAUUUGUUUAGAUUACCUCAUUAUUAUACGUUUAGUAGUGUGGAUGCUACUUCUUUCUACGUUAUUUCCUCAAUUGUGUAUGGUCAUUCUUUGAAUCAUCUAUGUAUCCACACAAAAAAGGGGAGUAUAUUGUAAACGUCUCUUUUUAAUUCUCAAUUUAUUUUUUAUUUAAAUUGGAUUAGGCUUUUAUUAUUAUUAAUGUUACUCCAAUUGUCAAUUUAAUUUAAUUAUUACCUCAUAUAACUAGUUGAAAUUUGUUAUGUGGUCAUUAUUCGCACAAUUAUCUAUCCAAUUUGAUUGUUUAAUUGAGAAUUGGAAGCCAUAUAUACUAGGCGGUAUUCUUACAUUGAAAAACAAAACAAUUAUGUAUGCAUGUACAAAUAGCUGAGCUUUUGUUUGUAUUUUUUUCAUUUUCGUAAUUAAUCUCUCCUUAUUAUCAUGAUGUAUCCUGUUUUGAUUUCAUUUUAUUCAUCUUUUUCACGUAUAUUAUAUAGUGCCUCAGAGUAAUUGCAAAUAUACAUACAUGCAUUGUAGAAUGUUAAUUACUUUCCUUAAUUCUCAUUUUAUGUAAACACUUUCUUGUUUAUCAGUGUUCUUUUAAAAUGAUGAUGAUAAUGAUAAAAAUACAUACACAUAAUAUAUAUUCUCGCAU